GAGCAGGCUGACAGACACAUGCAGGUGAUUCCCAAAUAAGUGAACGAGCCCAACGAAAUCCCCGGUGCAGUCUGCAAACACUGAGGACAGAGGACAGUAAAGCAAGUUUUCCCUUAUUCAGUCCUGCACGGAUCAACAGGAGGAAGAAGAAAAAAAAGGAGGAGUGGGGAGCAGAGAGGAGGCGGGGCUUUCAAUGGAGCUGAGACAGAGUGACAGAGAGCAGUCGAACAGUCAAUCUGUGGAAAUAUGAUGGAGGCCAGUGUUGUUUCUCCGGACGCAGGCUCUCUGACAGAAGCACUCGACUCUCCCUCCAUCACCCCGGUCCCUCCAGCUUCUCCCCUCUCUCCACCUUCCCUGCCCUCCACCCAGCCUCCCGUCCGGCCAUGUCGCCCCAAACCGCCUCCUCCUCCCACGCCCAAAUCCUCCCAGCUCCCUUCUGGUCCUCCUCUACCUCCAUCCAAUCCUCCGUCCGUCCCUCCUGCCUCCAAACCUCCCCUCCCUCUCACCUCAAAAACAUCACCUCCCCCUCUCUCAUCCAACCUGCCUCCCCCAUCUCUUCCUCCGCCUCUCGCCCCAACUCCAGCAUCUCCAUCAACCCUUCUCCCCCUCCAGCCGACUCUCUCCUCUGAUCUAAUUCCCACUUUCACUCCUCCUCCUCUUCCUCCUCCUUUAUCGCCAACAAUCACAUCCGCCUUAUCACCUCCACCUCCACCUGACAUCCCUUCAUCCACACAAACUCCAGACAAUCUGAGUUUGAUAGAUCGGCUGGUCGAGAGCGCCUCGGUGUGGCAGCCGAAAGAAACCAGCAAAGAGAGAAUCACGAGUUUACUGGAGAAGGAGACGGCUGGGGCGUUCCUGGUUCACAGCACAGAGAGCGAGAGCGUGACGCUGUCAGUACGGCUGCCUGACGAGGAGGGGACGCCGCUCGUGCACAACCUGCAGGUCAAACAACACAAAACAUUUAUCCACUUAGACGGUUCCAGUUUGGUUUUUGAUGACAUCUUUAAGCUGAUCUGCUUCUACUGUGCCAGCAGGGACAUUCUGGCCAUCCCACUGAGGUUACCACAGGCCAUUACCACAGCAACCAACAGAGAGGAGCUGGAGGUCAUCUCCGCCAUGGGAGCAGAUUUCUGGACCUCUGAUGAGAACCAGCAAGGGAAGAUCCAGGAUUCAGCUUUGGAUCAGAACCACAGCAGACCAUUCUUGUAUGUGACUGUGGAGGAAACUCCCAACAAAGACCUGAACCCCCCCUCUGUCUCCAAACCUGAAGUCAUAACCAAUCAGAACAUCCCAGUGUCCCUGCAGAAUGGAGAAGCCCCUGAGACAGUCAGCACAGAGGUCAAAGGUCAGGCCAAAGCCACACUGAGUACAGAUAUUAAAUACAAACGCCCCCCACCCAGACCCCCCAGCCUCAGCUCAGGGUCUGGGAUGGGCCUCCUCUUCUCCUCCCCCCCCUUACCUCUCACUUCAUCUUCUGUAAACGCAGCAGCUGAGAGAAAAGAGGAAGGAAGGGGAGGAGGCGGGGAAAGAGAAGAGAGGAAGUCAAUGUCAACAUCACCUCCUCAUCCGUCACGGCCUCCAGUCCCCCUGCAGAGCAGAGCCGCUCCUCCUCUUCCUCCGGCUCCUCUUCGACGUACCUCCUCCAGAAAAAGCACUGACCGAGAUGUAGGCGAGGGGAGGGAGAGAGAGAAGGGACAAAAUCCUGCAAAGAAAACAGAGAGAGAGGGGGGAGGAGAGAGAGGAGAGGCGAAAACGGGAAGUAAGUCAGGUCUGCUGAGCGAGGGGGUUGAAAACGAGAGCAGUAGCCAACAAAAAGAGGAGGAGGAGGUGAAAAAGGAUGGAGAGAAAAAAGAGGAGGAGAAGCAGGAGAGUAAGGAGGAUGACAAACACAAACCUGGCUCCCAGUGCCCGCCAUUAAUCAAGAAACCGUCCCGACCAGUCCCUCCACCUCGGAGGAAACCAUCUGCAUCAGACGUACCUGUAAACCCCAGCCAGGCAGGAGGGGGAUCAACCAAUCAGAGUGCUGGGAUGAGAGUCCCUCCUCCCACCUCAGCCCGGAGGCCAGAUGUGUCCCUGUACUCGCCACAGGGGGGCGCUGUGGUGGGGACGGACCCUGACUCCUGCUCUAACAGCAGCACGGAGGAAGAAGGAGAGCAGAACCAGGAGCAGGAGAGUAAUCACAGCCGCCCUGCAGAGAGCCGCAGCCCCAAAGUGCCCGUUAAAAGAACUCCCACCACCGUGAUGCUGGACCGAGCUCGAUACCGCCUCUCCACCGUCCUCACCGGCCUCAUCAGCCACGACCGCCGCCUCAAACAACGAAUCGUGGAGCUCGCCAGAGACCCCAUGAGCUACUUUGGAAACCUGGUUAAAGAGCACCGUGCGUUCACUCUGGAGACCAUGGCGAACCACACGACCUCCACCGAGCUGCUGCAGGAGAUCAGACAGAUGGUGACUCAGCUGAAGAGUUACCUGCUGCAGAGCACGGAGCUGCAGGCCAUGGUAGAGCCUCAGCAUCAGUACACACAUGACAAACUGGAGGGGAUAGUCGAAGCCGCUUUGUGUAAGAGCGUCCUGAAACCACUCAGGGAGCCGAUCUAUCAGAGUCUGGAGAAACUGCGCACCAAUGACAGCAGCCUGAAACAACUCACACAGAACCAGUCUGUUGUUCUCGGCAGCACCACGACCGCUUUAGGGAUAACCACAGCCGUCCCCGAGGCCUCGUCGAUGGAGAAGAUCAGCAUCAAACUGAACAACCUCCAUCAGGAAUAUUCUCCACAGAAGAAGAUCGAGAUGCUGCUGAAGGCAUGCAAGAUCAUCUACGACUCCAUGUCUGUCAGCAGUCCAGGGCGGGCCCAUGGUGCGGAUGACUUCCUGCCUGUAAUGAUGUACGUCCUGGCCAGAUCCAAUCUGUCUGCCCUGCAGCUGGAUGUGGAGUACAUGAUGGAGCUGAUGGACCCGUCUUUAUCCCUGGGAGAAGGCUCGUAUUACCUGACCACCACGUACGGCGCUCUGGAGCACAUUAAGACGUUCGACCAGCAGAGGUCAGCGACGCGGCAGCUCAGCAGAGAGGUUCAGGACUCCAUCCACCGCUGGGAGAGACGACGCACGCUCAACCAGGAGCGCCAGGCCCAGGGAUCUGUGCGGGACUUCCUGACAGUGUGUUGUCCUGAUGUUGGGACUAACUCAAAGACUCUGGGCGUCCUCCCGACGACGACCAUCCAGGAGCUGGAUGAGCAGUGUGCUGCACGCUUUGAACAAGACUCCUACGUGCUCAGUCUGUACAUGGACGGCGUUCAUCGUCCCCUGGCGCCGACAGAGCUGGCCGUCAGUGUAAAGAACAGCUGUCAACCCGGAUCCUGCUGCUUCGUCUAUCACCCGGCCAACCAGCCAAUCAGACAGACAAUUAAACCGCCCGUCCGCAGCUGCCCCUCUGACCCGCCCCCGGCUCCUCCCACACAGAUCGUCUCCCCAGCUGACAUGGCGGCCGUCGAUUCUGCAGAGGCGGAGGAGGAGAGUCUGAUUUGCUUGUAACUGUUUCAGCAUCACGGUGGCAGCUGAAGCAUCAACGUGGUGACUCCAUCACGGUGCAUCAAGAACAGAGGACAGAUUCAAAGGAAGAGGAGUUUUAUUCUAAGGUGUCCCCAGAGAGGUUUAUCUAAUUGAGUCUUAAAUUAUAAACAUCUUUCUUUUGAGAGCAGUUUUUUAAAGGGUUAUUUCGUAAGAUGGGAUAAAGGCCAGCUGAGGAUUAAAAAGGCUGAGAUUAUGAGAAAAAGGUUGAAGUUUACGAGAAAGCAUACAUUUAAGAGAGAACAAAGUCAUUUAUUUAAAAGAAUAAACUUGUUCCUCAUUUAAGUUCUGCUGAUCUGAUCUUCUCCAUAUAAAUAUAUAAAUAUCAUAAAAGCUGAAUGUAGCCUCAAAUCAUGACUUUUUUCACAUAAAUGUACGACUUUAAUCUUUUUUUUCCUCUUCUACAUCAUCGCCCUAACACUCCAUCAUUUUGAUACAGUUAAACUUGGCCUUUAGUUUACACAAAUCUUGCUUUAAAAUACAAAAUGUGAAAAAGUUUUGCUCUAGAUUGCUUCAGCUGGAGGAUGCAAAAAUAAAGGCUGCAAUAUAAUACUUCGGGGCAACAUUGUCCAAUUAAAGCACAGUUUGUUUUUCUAAAUGUCUGACAUUACAGAAAAUAUCUCCAUAUCACCAGCAACCAAAAAGCUGUUUUUUUCAUCGCUCUCUUAAAAGCCACCAGAUUGCAAUGACAAAAGCAAAACUUUUACUUUGCAUAGCAUAGGAAUGGCUUGUUUACCGCUGCCUCAACAGAAUUAGACUCUUAUUUUGAAAGUCAAAUAAUGUUUUGGAUCCAAAUCAACAAUUUAAAAACACCAAAGUCAUAUGAUACUAUAUAAAAAGCAACAGACUGAGGAAGAUGUUCUACACAGUAAAGUUUCAGGUUUUGUCGAUGGCGUCUGCUGGCUUUGAAGAGACCAAAACGAGCACAUAACGGCAGGUCUUUUUUAUUUCUCUGCAUAGAUUAGGUUGCAGUCACUCCAGUCGUUAAUCAGCUGCUGGCUUAAGCAGUCUACCUGAGCAGACCCAAUUGUUAUCUGCGAGCUCAUCAUUUAGACCCUGAAAUGUGUUGAAAAUAAGGCCCAUGUUUAAAAAAUGGAGGACUGACCCUUUAAGUCUCUGUUUGCUCUGAUGCACCGUGCUGAACUCGUCACCGUGGAGGAGCUGCAGUGAGACCUCACAGAAGAGAGACUGAUUUUGAUUUGUCAUGUGGGGUCUGGAACCUCAAGAGACUGCUGGAGGAUUUAAAGAAACAAUGUCAACAUGCACAUAAAUAUGACUGUGUUUAUACUGUUUAUACUCUUUGAUACCUGAUGCUACUUUAUCAGAUUUGUAAUGGCUUGGUAUUUUAUUUCAGGAUAAAUCAUCACUUCAGGGGACGUCCACAGAUUUAGAUCAGUAUUUGACUGUGAUAUGAAAGCUGCAAGAAACUUCUUUAAAGGCAGAAACAUCCAGUAGAGCAUUUUUUAUUCAAAUCACAUGUAUGGAAGCAGCUUUAUGGACUAAAAGUGUCAUGUUUUAUCCUGCAAGCAUCACAUUUGUAUUUUUUGUACUAAGUGUUGUAAAUAAAUGACUUUUACAUUUUGCU